AUGACCUCUAGCGCAACGACGACCCAGCUGGGCCGCCAGCUCUGGGGCUCAAUCCGCGAUUCCGCUACCGUCCUAGCCACGAAACUCCCGACACGACCGUCACCGUCGUCUGCUGCGGGGCAGUGUUCGUUCUUUUUCAACACCCCACCGCAGUCGGCCCAGCACACCACCACCCGCUUCUUCCACUCUGCCCGUCGCUUUUUCUUUCCCCAGCUCCCGUAUCCCGCCCGUAUCUCACCCCAAAAUGUUCGAAAGAGCUGCACUUCCGGCGGCCUGCUCCUGCUCGGGCUCAGUUCCAGCCCCUCCUCUACCAGUACGGUGGUGACGACAUGCACGGCCGCCGCAGACUCGGCCCUGGCCGGAAGUCCGGGACAAAGGGCCAACCUGAGCUACCUGGCAAGGCAAAUAUGGAAUCAGCAAAGCCGGCACGGUAGGAAUGGUUCAGGGAAACAGGAUGUGGUGGCCGGAAAAAGAUCAAAAAGUUCUAAUGGGAAAGGGAAUGGGAAUGGGAACAAGAGGAGCAGGGCAGCCAGCACCGAGAAUUCCACUGCCGGUGCUCAGAAGCCGAAACCUAAAACAUCACAACAACCGCCCGCCAAAUCACCAAUAGUCCACGAUCCAGCCGAACCAGAGUCCCUAGUGAACUCGAUGUCCAAAUAUUUGCACCUCCCAAAUAUGCCCCAUCGUCCCACAAAAGAGGAACUAUUAGCGGCAGCUAGUGGAUUCAGGCAGCGUUUAAGAGUGCGCUUCAAGUGGUUUUCCAUCAGGAGCAUGCGGCCAUGGAACGCCGAUGAAUGGGGUGCCUUUGUGUCUUGGUUCUUGUUUGGACAUCUUGUGUGGAUUUUGGUUGGAACGACGACCUUCUUCUCCCUCGUGAUCCUUACCAUUAACACGGUUUUUGCUCAAGAGACCCUUGCGAAGUGGAUUGGUGACUAUCUCACCCAAUCUGCUGGUUUGACUGUCGUCUUCGAGUCAGCUAUUGUGCCAAAAUGGAGGGACAAUGUCAUCACCUUCCGCAACGUGUUUGUCUCUCGCCGGCCAGGCCAGGGGCGGUCAACAGUUCAAAAGGGUUCCUCAAAUGCUGCUGCAGAAGCUGCCGCAGCGAGGCUAGCCGACCCUGACGCGGCUGCCGCGGAAGAGGAAGAUGACGGCAACUACACCCAAUUCGAUGUAACGAUCGACACCGUGGAUGUCACACUCUCUUUCAUCAAGUGGUGGAACGGCAAAGGGCUCUUGAAGGAUGUCGAAGUCAAGGGCGUCCGGGGCGUGGUAGACAGGACAUCCGUCCAGUGGAGCGCUGAGGGCCUAGACCCACACGACUACCGACACGAGCACAACCCAGGAGACUUUGAGCUGGACCAUUUCAAGAUGGAAGACCUGCUGGUCACCGUGCAUCAGCCCCACGGCUUCCGCCCCUUUUCCGUCUCCAUCUUUUCCUGCGACCUGCCCCAGUUACGGAAGCAGUGGCUCUUCUAUGACUUCCUCUCCGCCUCUCACAUAUCAGGCGCCUAUGAUGGCUCCCUGUUCACCAUUCACCCUCGCCAAAUACACGGCGUCGCUUCUGGGGGGGAAAGGCGGAAAGACGAAUUUGCGGACGAAUCCGUUUGGAAGAAGUUCUCCCGUUUACGAAUCGACGGACUCAAGAUCGACCACUUGAACCGCGGUGUUGAAGGACCAUUUGGCUGGAUCUACGAAGGCAAUGUCGACAUUGUGGCCGAUGUGAUGUUCCCAACGGACCCUGAAGAGGGAAUUGGGAAAGUCGUGGCCGAGUUCUACGACAAGAUGGAAGAGGCCGUCACCAGCAACCGGUACAUCAAGAUCCUCGAAGACACGGGGAACCGUAGCUACUACAAGUUCCAAAAUGGUGUCAUCCGUAACUAUGCGUCUGGUAUCAAUUUCAUCAACAGCGACAACGACAACGACAACAACAACACCAAGAACAACAACAACGGGACCGAUCCCGCCAAUAUUCCUCCCUCUUCCCCACUCGAAGAAACCCUCGCCUCACCCUCCUCACCAGCAACACCAUUUAGAGACCACGGACUGUUCGACGCGGGCGAUCAUCACGAUGACCGUCCACACCACCAACCACCCGAGGAAGAAACACCUUCCUACCUCGUCAUGGACCUACGCAUCCACCUCAACGACGUGCGCGCUGCCGUCCCACUCUUCAACAACCCGCACAUGAGCUACGUCAACCAGGCUCUCGUCCGGCCCAUUGUCGCCUACAUCAACGCCAAGCGCACGUACAUCCCCGUCAACUGCCGCAUUGUCAAGCGGCUGACGGACUUUGACGGCUCCUGGACGGUGUGGGACUCCGGCCUGAUGGAUGAUACGGGCGCCGAGGUGUAUUCUGCGUUUGCGAGGAGUGUGGAGGACCAGCAGAGCCGGGUGAGGAGGUUUAAGAGGGUUGGGUUGUGGACGGUGAGUCUGAUUGUGCAUGCGCUGUUGGCUGGGGUUGCGGGAGAGCUGGCGUGA